UGAGUUUUACCAACAGAACAUCAUAAACCACGGGAGCGGGUGAGAGAGGCUCUGGCCGUGACCGGGCAAAAUUACCUUUUCUCCUUUGAAUAGCUUUUUGGGAUGCAGCUUCGCGGUGAAAUCGAGCGUUAGAUGUUCAGGUUAGUUUCACUUGCGAUAACGGCGAGGCGAAACGUGGGCAUCUUUGUGAGUUUGAACUUCUAAAUUAGUGCGAUUUCACAUUAGAGUCUGGUUUGAAUGGAUAGGUUUUUUCCUCGCUCCCCCCCAGAAGAGGGACAAUCGGAGGAGCACACGGACUGGAAAUAUUGCAGGCAAAGUUGUAUUUAAAAUAACCUCUCGGAGGCGCACGAGUCGCGCUGUUUCUUCUUUUAUCACUUUAGCUAGCUUCAGCUGGGCUAUAUCUGUGUUUUCCCCGGCUGCAGGUUGUUGUGAGUUGCAUUCGUCCCUCACUUCUACGGGGGAAAGCCGGGGUUUCAUUCAUCAGGCCUUCGUUAAGCAGAAGCCCGAGGCCACCGACUAACCUUAACCUUAGCAUCCCUUCACCCAGGCGCCGAGAUUGGGCGAAUAGCGAGCAAAUACGUCCGCGUUUCUCUGCCUGUUCACCCACCGGCCUCCCUUCCUCCAUCCCCGGCGCUGACAGCAGACAAGGCCGAGGUCGUCUUAGCGCAGGCCCAGCCGCAAAGGCUCGACCUGUUUACCCCACCUCCGCGUCCUCCGACUCCCCAGCAGCCUCUGCCCGCGGAACCGCCACCAGACCGGCCCGAGGGAGACAAAGAGCCCAGGCACCAUCCCAUCCUAACAGCCGCCGACAUGAACCACCAUCACACCCAGCAGCAGCAGAAAGCAGGCGAGCAGCAGCUCAGCGAGCCCGAGGACAUGGAGAUGGAGGCUGGGGACCCAGAUGAUCCUCCAAGAAUUCCCCAGAAUCCAGUCAUCAAUGGGAACGUGGCUAUGGCGGAUGGACACAACAACACCGAGGAGGACAUGGAGGAUGACACAAGCUGGCGCUCUGAAGCCACUUUCCGCUUUGUGGUGGAGCGCUUUAGCAGGCUGAGUGAGUCUGUUCUCAGCCCACCCUGUUUCGUGAGAAAUCUGCCCUGGAAGAUCAUGGUGAUGCCCCGCUUUUACCCAGACAGACCUCACCAGAAGAGCGUUGGUUUCUUCCUUCAGUGCAAUGCUGAGUCAGACUCUACGUCCUGGUCAUGUCAUGCUCAAGCCAUGCUCAAAAUAAUCAACUACAAAGACGAUGAGAAAUCCUUUAGCCGCCGCAUUAGUCACCUGUUCUUUCACAAGGAAAACGACUGGGGCUUUUCCAACUUCAUGUCAUGGAGUGAUGUGACCGAUCCAGAACGGGGCUUUGUGGAGGAUGAUAAGGUCACUUUUGAGGUCUACGUUCAAGCUGAUGCUCCUCACGGUGUGGCCUGGGAUUCAAAGAAACACACUGGCUACGUGGGGUUGAAGAAUCAAGGAGCCACGUGUUACAUGAACAGCUUACUACAGACUCUCUUCUUCACAAACCAGCUUCGGAGGGCGGUUUAUAUGAUGCCUACUGAGGGAGAUGAUUCCUCUAAAAGCGUUCCCCUCGCCCUGCAGAGGGUGUUCUAUGAGCUCCAACACAGCGAUAAGCCUGUUGGGACAAAGAAGCUGACUAAGUCUUUUGGAUGGGAGACUCUAGACAGUUUCAUGCAGCAUGAUGUACAGGAACUGUGCCGAGUGCUGUUGGACAAUGUGGAGAACAAGAUGAAAGGAACUUGUGUGGAGGGCACAAUCCCAAAGCUCUUCCGAGGGAAGAUGGUGUCCUACAUCCAGUGUAAGCAUGUGGACUAUCGGUCAGAAAGAAUAGAGGAUUACUACGACAUCCAACUCAGCAUAAAAGGAAAGAAAAACAUCUUUGAGUCAUUCAAGGAUUAUGUGGCAGUGGAACAGCUGGAUGGGGAUAACAAAUAUGAUGCAGGGGAGCAUGGUCUACAGGAAGCAGAGAAGGGUGUAAAGUUCCUGACCUUCCCUCCUAUUCUGCACCUACAGCUCAUGAGGUUCAUGUACGACCCUCAGACUGACCAAAAUAUUAAGAUAAAUGACAGGUUUGAAUUCCCAGAGCAGUUACCUCUGGAUGAGUUUCUGCAGAAGCCAGAUGUUAAAGACCCAGCCAACUACAUUCUCCACGCUGUGUUGGUGCACAGCGGAGACAACCACGGGGGCCACUACGUCGUCUACCUUAAUCCUAAAGGAGACGGCAAAGUGAGUGUCACCGCACCAAUAGUGAGAACCUUUCAUUUCAGGGUGUUUCAGCUGCGCAAUGACGCCAAUAUAACGGGUUUCCCACAGGACCAGAUGAGACUGUGGCCAAUGCAGGCCAGAAGCAACGGCACUAAACGGCCAGCUAUGUUGGAUUAUGAAGCAGAUUGCAACAAGUCUAUGAUCGACUUGAGCGAUAACGAGAACCCAUGGACAAUAUUUCUGGAAACUGUAGAUCCAGAAAUGGCCGCCAGUGGUGCAACGUUACCCAAGUUCGACAAAGACCAUGAUGUUAUGUUGUUCUUGAAGAUGUAUGAUCCAAAAACCAGAAGCUUAAAUUAUUGUGGACAUAUCUACACACCUAUAUCCUGUAAAAUACGAGGCUUGCUGCCCAUUAUGUGUGAAAGAGCAGGGUUUCAGCAGGGAACUAGCCUUAUCCUCUAUGAGGAAGUUAAACCGAAUUUAACAGAGCGAAUACAAGACUAUGAUGUCUCCCUGGACAAGGCUCUGGAUGAGCUGAUGGAUGGAGACAUAAUUGUGUUCCAGAAGGAUGAUCCUGAAAAUGAAACCAGUGAGCUGCCUACUGCAAAAGACUACUUCAGAGACUUGUACCACCGUGUAGAUGUCAUCUUCUGUGACAAGACCAUUCACAAUGACCCAGGCUUUGUUGUGACACUGUCAAACCGAAUGAACUACUUCCAGGUGGCAAAGACUGUUGCGCAGAGAUUAAAUACUGACCCCAUGCUCCUACAGUUCUUCAAGUCACAGGGGUACAGAGACGGCCCUGGCAACCCACUCAGGCACAACUAUGAAGGCACUCUCAGAGACCUGCUGCAGUUUUUCAAGCCCCGGCAGCCUAAGAAGCUCUACUACCAGCAGCUCAAGAUGAAGAUCACAGACUUUGAGAACAGGAGGAGUUUCAAAGCCAUUUGGCUCAACAGUAUGUUUCGAGAGGAGGAGAUCACACUAUACCCUGACAAGCAUGGCUGUGUUCGGGACCUUCUGGAGGAAUGUAAAAAGGCAGUGGAGCUGUCCGACAAAGGCUCAGAGAAGCUGAGGCUGUUAGAAAUUGUCAGCUACAAAAUUAUUGGGGUUCACCAGGAAGAUGAAUUGCUAGAAUGUUUAUCUCCAGCAGCCAGUCGAACAUUCAGAAUAGAGGAAAUCCCUCUCGACCAGGUGGACCUGGACAAGGAGAAUGAAAUGCUGAUUCCAGUUGCACAUUUCCACAAGGAAGUCUUUGGGACAUUCGGAAUUCCCUUUUUGCUCAAGAUCCGUCAGGGGGAACCCUUCAGAGAAGUGAUGAAGAGAAUUCAGAGCAUGCUUGACAUUCAGGAGAAAGAGUUUGAGAAGUUCAAGUUUGCAAUAGUGAUGAUGGGCCGGCAUCAGUAUAUCAAUGAGGAAGACUACGAGGUGAAUCUGAAAGACUUUGAGCCACAGCCAGGGAACAUGUCGCACCCGAGGCCUUGGUUAGGGCUCGACCACUUCAACAAAGCUCCAAAGAGAGGUCGCUACACGUAUCUGGAAAAAGCGAUCAAGAUUCACAACUGACAAGCCCCCACUCUAACCGACCAUACUAAAGACUUUAACCAAACCUCUUGUGUGCACCACUUUUAACACCUGCUGUCUGGGUACACAGUCACCAUGUAUGAAGUCUUCAGCUAAUGGAGUGACUGCUGAUGCUCCUGUUUUCCUUUUUGAGGCUGUUCGAUUUGGCUUCUCUAACUGUUGACUGCCUAUUUGUCUGGAAGAAUGAAUUUGAUUUUAACAAGAAAGGGGGAACAGUAUGUCCUAGACUUUUGUUUUGAUUUUUAUUGUUGUUUUUUUAUUUGUUUGUUUUUCUUUUUUCUUUUUAAGUUAGUUUUUUUUUUUAUUAUUGUUACGGCAAGAAAGCUGCUGCAUUGUGAGGUGGAGGCGAUGGAAAGAGGAGUUUUGUCAUUUGCAGAAGAUUUGAAAGGAUUCCUCCAUCCUUCAACAAAAAAAUUCACCGCAAAUGGCUGAGGCUUUUGCUAGUUGCCCUGACAUGGUUGUCUCUUUUCUGGUCCCUUACUGCAACUAGUCAAUUUUCAUGUUUACACGAUUCUUCUUUCUCACUUAGUUUAGUUGGAGAAAUUCAGUUUGUCUUCUCUGGAAAUCCUGUAUAAAGUAAAGAGCCACAGCAUCCGUUUUAAAAUAAAUGAAAAUUAAAUAAAUUGUCUGUACUUCAUCUUGCACGUUGGCACUUAAUAUCCAAGGUUUUACAUUUCUCAGCACUGUUAAAUGUAAUCUUGGUUGGAGUUUGAUUUGCAUAUCCCUUUGGGUUUCUGCCCCUUUCCCCUCUCCCCAUAAAGGUUUUUUUUUUUUUUGGUUAUCUUCAGUCUUUAGCUCCUCUGUCACCGGCUAUGGGAUUAUUCUGAUGGGGAGGGAGGGGUCGCUUGCUGACCUCUCCAGAUUCGUUGUACUGUUUGUUGGCACGAGGUUGCAGACGUAUACAAGACUGGUUUGGGACUUAGAGAAACCAGCAUUAAUGAACCAAUACCAUUUUUUCUCUUUAAGCACAGAAGGAAUGCUCCCUAGUGCAUAGUUGGCUUUGUAAAAACAAUUAAAAUUGUAUAUUUAAAGAAUGAACGUAAAAUUAAAAGCACCGAUUUGUUGGGUACAGAUCAAUUCAGAUGUUCAUAUUCAUUGUGUGUAGUUUUCUUUUGGAUCCUGACAGUUUCAUUUGGUCUUUAUUUUUUUCCUUAACUAAGUGCAGCAGUUUGUCUCGUUUAAGUGCAGUACAAAGAAAACCUGCAGAUCACAUAUUUCUUUUUAGAUUUUUUUCUCUCUCCAGUCUAAUUCCUCCGUGUAGCAGCAGUGUACGACAACUCUUCCUGUAUAUUGCCUUUUUGCUGGAAAAUGUAUGUUGAAUAAAAUUUUCUAUAAAAGCUACAGCCAUGGCCCUUGAAGAAUUGACUCAACAUGGUGUUCAGAUUGUCAUGCUGUACUAGUGUCACGUAAUGUGAAGAUUUCAGUGUGUAUAAACGGCACAUGCAGAGUUCUCAUUGAGGUAUUGCACAGACACAUUUCAGUUUUAUAUUAUUACAUUUAAGACCGUUCCAUUUAGAUGAACAUGUGACAUUUAACAUUAUAAAAGAUUCAGACUUUUUACAGAAGUGAUAAAUUGCUAAACAAUAACAAGUCGGCUUUAGCAGUAUGGUAAUUCAAAAAGUGAAUUUUAGAAGUAUGAUUUCCGUUGUUUUAUUUAAGAGAUAUUGUGGGUUCUCAAUUGUUUGUUCUCAACCUUUUUGACUCCCGUUGCACACAACAGUAUUCAAAGACCCCGUGACUUUUUUUUUUUUCCAGUUUGUAAUAUAUACAAGAUAAGGAUUUUUUUUUUAAACGUUUCUACAGGUACCUGAUAAAAUAUAUUCGAGCUUGACAUAACUAUAAAAAUGUCUAUCCUUUAUAAAUUGCUUAUGGAGUUUAAUAUUAAUUUACACGACAUUUUAAGCUCUAGACAUUACACCUUCGAAUGAAGAUACCUCAUAUAUCCUGGCUUUUCUAGACAGUGCUUUU